AUGAAAGUAAAUGUCCUCUUCAGCAAGGAAAGCAAUAAAAUAUUGUACCUUGAAGUUGGAAAGGAUUUCAUCGAUCUCUUGAUGUCUCUCCUUCGAAUGCCCACCGCCAACUUGCUGAAGCUUCUCAUGGAAAGCGGAAUUCGUAUCAAAGGCCGACUUGGGAUUCUGAACAUUUUCUCCAGUGCAGACAAGCUUGACGAUUCGUACAUGAAAGUGGAUAAGGACAAAAUUCUGAACCCCUCACCAUUAGAAAGAUCUUCUCAGCUGUGCCUCCUUGGUCGACCAGAGAAGAGAGGGUACUUUACUUGCCCUACCGGCGCAUGUGAGUGGUCUGUGUCAUUGGUGUCCGGAACGAGUUGUCGCAGAUGUGCUCAGCCCAUGUCCAGAGAGUUGAAACUUUGUCGAGGUGGGGCUGUGGACAGCUCACAGACGUUAUACACGUGUCGUAGUCUCCACAGAGUGGGAAAUGUAUACUGCUUCCACUGCCCUGACUGUGGCUCUCAAAUGACCAAUUCUCUCACCCUGGUUGGUAGUGGGACUGGAGCUCAGAUGUCAGGAGGGUUUGUCAAGGAGGCUGUCACGUUCAUGGUGACUGACGACCUUGAGUUCUUCCCCAGCUCAACGAUCAAGAGCAUCCAUCUUCUGAACAGCCUGGGCGUCAAAUCCAUGAGCGAUUUGGAGAGCUUUGAGACAACUGUCACCAGAGACCAUGCACUGGCUCUUGUCCAAGCUGCACUGACGUCAACUUCUGCCCUGAAUGAUGUCUUUGGGAAAGUUCUUGUGACGAAUGAUGUCAGCAAGAAGGAGGCCAAGAAGAAGAAGCGGGCUCGUCGCUGA